UCUUCUUCUUCUACAUCUACUGGUAUUAAUUUACCUGUCCUUACUGUAGAUGUUUUUGGUCUUGUUGUUGAUGGGCCUGUAGUUGUUUCAGCUGAUAUACUUGCUGUUGUUGCUACUGGUAUUCUUGGUAUGCUUGUGGUUGUUGCUGCUAGUAUGCUUGUGGUCAUUACUGCUAGUAUGCUUGUGGUUGUUACUGCUGGUAUGCUUGCGGUUGUUACUGCUGGUAUGCUUGCGGUU